CGGACUGAGACAAUGGAUGCUUACACAAAAAAGCCGAUAACACUACAGCAACUACUACAUCAAUGGGACAUCAAUUUCUGUGAAAAAUAGAAGGCCUUUGACUGCUGCCUCGUUUAUCCAAUUCUACUGAUCCAUCGUCAACUCAAAACCCCAAGGAAGCCGCCAUCUUUUGAGUUAAUCAACCACAAUUUGGACAAGCUUCUUGCGACUUCUAAAACAUGGAAAGUAGUAGCGGAGGCGUAAUUGUAUCAAAAGGGAUGCAGAAUCCAUUUACUUUGAAGGUGGGUAAAGUAUUCACUGGAUUUGGCGUCGGUUGUGGUGCUGGUAUCGGCGUUGGCAGGCCUAUAAAUCUAGGUAAUUUCUCUUCAUCUAUGUUGUUCAAUAACACGAUGAAAUUUGGGGGAAUUUUUAAACCUAAAGAGGGGGAAAACCAUGAUCCUAGUGCAAUACCAGUAUUAAAUGAAGUAAUGGGUGCUGCUAGAGGAGCAACAGAUGUUUUUUCAGGUGUUGGAAGGCAUGCCAACAACUCUUUGAAUAAGGUAGGAGCAAAAAACGUUAAAGUAGGCAUUGGGUGUGGAGUUGGUUUUGGCCAUGGUUUUGGAGUUGGUCUUGGUAUAAAGCCUUGGGUGUUACAGCAAAUACAAACAAGCCUUGUACAAACAGCUACAAAGUUGAUGAUGAAAUUUGGAAUGACACCCAACUUAUCAAGUGUUACUGGAGGCAUGUUUCCCCAAUCAUUACAAUUACAAAGUGAGAAGGUUAUCAACAACUUCUUGAAAAAUCCUCUUCUAGAAGGUGAAGCGAAGAAUCAGGUGGGUCCCUUGCAUUCUAAGGAGGAGGUCAUUGAAUUGGUUUUAAAACAACAACUUGCUCUUGAGAAACUUAAGGAAGAAAAUGAGAAGCUUCGGGAAAUAUUAGUGGAAGACUUGAAAGUUUCACCUGAUAAGUUUAAAGUCAAAGUCAAUGGGUAUUAUUCAGGUACAAAUACGUAUACAUGUAAUGAUUGUUUGGAGUGUCGAAGGAGACAAAGAAGAGAUAGGAGAAAGGUUGAUGGGUCAAUCCGUGAAACUACUUGCGAACACAAACACAGGAAUUUGUUUGGGGAAGAAAUUGGAAUUGUAGCCAUGUCUUUUUUUCAUUAACGUUUUUUAUUUUUUAUUUGUAUCUUGGAUUUGGAUGUGUUUGCAUGAAGGUUUUUAUUUUUUAUUAGGAUGUGUUCGUUUGUGUUUGCACAAAUAUUUUUAACAUUAUUUGGAUGUGUG